AUGGGAAGAGGAAAAAUUGCGAUCCGAAGGAUCGAUAACUCCACUAGCCGGCAAGUGACUUUCUCAAAGAGAAGAAAUGGAUUGCUGAAGAAAGCUAGAGAAUUAUCCAUUCUCUGUGAUGCAGAAGUUGGGUUGAUUGUGUUCUCUAGCACUGGCAAGCUUCAUGACUAUGCAAGCACAAGCAUGAAAUCUGUUAUUGAGCGCUUUAACAAGCUGAAAGAGGAACAACAUCAGCUCAUGAAUCCUGCUUCAGAAGUCAAGUUUUGGCAGACAGAAGCAGCAAGCUUGAGGCAACAACUGCAGUAUUUGCAAGAAUGCCACAGGCAAUUGAUGGGUGAAGAACUUUCUGGUUUGGGUAUUAAAGAACUACAAAAUCUAGAAAACCAACUGGAGAUGAGUUUAAAGGGUGUUCGCAUGAAAAAGGUAUGA